AUGGCAGGCUGUGGCUGUGUGGGGCUAGGGCUCUUCUGCUGGGCCCUGCUGGCUGUCCCUGUGGGCCCCCAGCUUACCUCCUCUGUCCCAGGGGUCUCUCUCACCACCUUGAGCCCCCCACCUCAGAGUGAGGCCUCAAUGCUGUCUCUCAACCUGGGUCUUAAUUUCAAAUUCCAUCUUCGGGGACCUGCGGCUGUCUGGGGAAGUCCCGUCACAGAGACCCAGCGUAUGUCCCCUGGACUGGGCCGGGAGCCAGAAGAAGAAGUGGCCAGUGGGCUGAAGAUGGACCCUCUUUGGGAUUUGCUGGUGGGCUCUCUUGGGAACUCUCCCCCAGAGUGGGGCUCAGCUGAAGGCAGUUCUGGACCCUGGACUUCCUCACUGCCGCUGGUAUCCACAUCCCCCCUCUCUGGGCCCUCCACCCGGCCCACCACUCCCUAUCAGCCCCAGAUGGGCUCUGUGACAUGGGACACUGCACUGACAACAACGACUCUGCCAUUCAGUGCCCCCAGACCCCACCAGAGCGAGCUGGAGCUGAAAUUGGACGUGGCACUGAGAGCAGGUGCAGCCCCCACACUCGGACACCGGACGCUGCCCCUGCUGCCCAGCCUUCGGGCCAGCCUGGCUGAGAUUGCUGGGCGCCUGGGGCCCUUUGGGUUCUUUGGGACUACUCUGUCCCCACUCCAGAACUUCUCAGGUUCCAACCCCCAGGACGAAACUACACCCCCAAACUCUGCCUCCGGAGUUUCAGAAUCUCCAGGCUUCUUUGGUACUACUCUGUCCCCAUCCUCACACCCGCUGAAGCGGAAGUUCUCAAAGCCAAGCCUACUGGACCCAAGUGCUUCCUUGAGCUCUGCUGUCAUUUUAACAGAGUCGCUAGACUCUACUGUCCCCACCUAUGAUCCAGAUGAUCCGUCUCCCGCCAGUCUCGAGAUCCUCUCGGCGCAGCCAGAGUGCGGGCCAGAGUCCUGUAGCAUUGGCGGGAGGGAACUGCCUGAUCCAGAGCGGAAGCCCCCUGCGGCCCCGCUGCCCCUCUUCUUCCUGACCCUCGAGGCCAACUGGGCCGAGGCCAAGGCUCGCUGGGGGCUGGCCUGGGAGGCCCAUGUGUAUGGGGUGGGCGCGCUCUUUGGCCUGGUGGCACUGCUGGCAUUGUUGGCUUUGGCCCUCUUGCCCUGGCGCUGCCCGCCCGGUGCACCCUGCCUGGCGCUACUCGACCUGCUGCUGCUCUCAGCUGGGACCACGCGGGCCUUCCCGCUCUUCUACGACGCCUACGGGCACCGCGCCCGACUGCCAGUGCUCGCCUGGCUGCUACUUCAGGACCUUCCGCUGCCCUGUCUGGCCGCCGGCCUGGGACUGGCCUGCCUGCUGAUGGCUCGGCCGCGCCCGCCGCGGUGCCCCUGCGGCCUGGCCGCGCUGCUGCUCUUGGGUCUGGGAUUGGCGGCCGCCGCAGCCCUAGGAAGCGCGGCGCACCGCCCUUUGCGGCCCCUGCGUCUGGCCGCCCGUGGCCUGCACUCCCUGUUGGCGGUCCUGCUCUCUGGGCUCCUGCUGGCGCUCUCCUGUUGGCCGGGCCGGCGGCGGCGGGCCGGCGCGCCCCUUGGGGGAUCUGGCUUCAAGGGCGCUACUCCGCUUAGGCAGGCGCGCAGCCCAUUCUCCCCGCGGGAGUCGUGGCGGCGUGCGGCGCGCACAGCUCCAGUGGCAGGCACCUUCGGGUUGCUGAGCGGAGUCUUGCAGGGCUAUGAGGUGCUGCAUGCCCUGGGCUACGGCGGCCAGCCCGGCCUGGAGGGGCCUUGGCCCUGGUGGGCCUUUCAGCUGGGCCUGCGCCUGGGUGAGGUGGGCGUUGCGCUACCCUUGGCGUUGCUGGGUCUCUACCCGGCGCUCUGCAACCCCCGCGUGCCCCCGCGCUGUUGGGCCAAGUUCUUCCGCCUGUCCCCAGGCCACGUGGCUCCGCUGCUGCCUGGGCGCUGGGGCACCGGGCUCCCGGACAAGGAGCCUCCCGGCAGCGCCAUCACGCGCGGCGAGGCGGAGCUGCUGCAGCUGUGCGCUCUGGCGGGUCCAGGCCCUGACCUUCUCCUCCAGGGAGGCGGCUGCCGGGGCUUCGAGGGCGCCCCGGUCUCUUCGCCUGCCUCCUCCCCCUGCAGCGACUGCACCGUGGACUUCCGGCCACCCUCCCCGAUCAACCUGCGGCGCAGCAUCGAGGAGGCGCUCUGCAGCGAGGCCCUGCUGGUGCCUGGCCUUUUCCAAGGUCCUGCUUUCGGGGAAACCCUGCCUGGGCUCGACCUCUACCGCACUGUCUCGCUCGGGGCUAAGACGGGGGCCGCGCCCAGCGGGAGGCCCGAGGAGGCCCCCGGGUCCCCGGAGUCCCCAGAGCCGCCUUCCCUUGGGGCCUGGCCCGUGGGCAGCAGCGCCUCCUCCGGCUCCCUGUACGGACUCUCGCGGGACAGCUCGUCCAUGCUGCUCUGCUCCAGCCCGGACAGGCCCCCGCGCUGUCCGUUGGUCUGCAUCCUAAGUCCCCCACGGUCUGCGGCUAGUAACCCCAGCCUCCAGGUCUCAGGGUCUUACCAAGCCCUGACUCCCCCCUCCCGCGACUCCCCGGAGCCUGUCCCUGGGCUACAGACUGAGGAGGCCUUGCUGCGGGAGCAAUUCCUGGAUGCCUGCCGACAGAUCGACGAGCUGAGCGUGGGCAGCGACACUGUAGACCUGUGA